UUGAACAGCUUUAAGAAAUACUCAGUCUUCAUUUGAUGGGAUUUAAUGGUGUAUGUAAAGAUAAUUGGUGUUCAUUAUCAAAAAAGGAGAUGGAAUUGUGUACUAUGUGGGUCAUCAUAUAUAUGUCCUUCUUACACUUGGCAUUGUCAUACAAUGUAAUACUUUAUCCAAAAUCAAUCAUUACUAGUGUUGGUAAUAUUGCAGUCAAUUUUACCUGUACAAUACAGUUGGAAACCAAUGAAACAACUGUUGCACAUUUGAUAAUAUGGUGGAAGGACAACACCCGUAUUGUAGAAAAUGAUGAUGUAUUGACAAGUUCUACCAAGUAUAGUGUUUAUGGCAUAUCAUCUGCUGCAAUGACUGAAUAUACACAAAUUUUGCAAGUUAAUAGUAUUCAAGAAGCUGACCAUGGUAUGUACACAUGCACUUUGGUUUUCACAUCAUAUCCACCUGGAAAUACACAACUGUCUUUGUCAUCACAUGCUCCAAUUAUAAUACGUGACUUCAUUUCUCAGCCUCGCUGUUCCGCCAUUUCAAGUAAUCAUGAAACUGGACAGCAACAGGUAAUACUGUUAUGUGCAUGUUCUCCAAGUUAUCCUUUCAUGACACUGCACUGGAUUAAUAAUAUGGGUGGUUUCUUGACAUCAGCAUCUCAGGUGCAAUUUAACGAACUGUUGACAUUAAUACAUAUAGUUUCUAAUGUGUCUGAAUCAAGCAACCAGUUGUUCAUGUGUAGAGCCACCAGUAAAGGAACCACGGACACAAAAGAAUGUGUAAUUAGUAAUCUGAUUUCAACCACUAGUAUCGCAGUCACUCAAAAGUCAUCAGAACCAUUUGAUGAAAGAUCAACUGUAAUCCCUACUAAAACAACCCACAAGGACAAAUCUUUUUCACCAUUUAUCUCAAAAACUUUAUCAGAUACCCAAAAUGUUACAGAUCAAAUGAGAACAGAUCCUACAGCAAAUGUGACUCAAGAAAUGUUAAUAUUUUCAGAUGACAAAAAAACUACUACAAUUGCCAUUAUUGCAGUAGCUGAUAUGAAUGAUCCUGUCAACUUGUAUGCAUCUAUUGACCAGAAAAAUGUUGAGAGAAGUCCGAAACAUGUGGACAUGGAUGACAAAAAGAAAGCUAAUAUUUAUCCUUUAGAAUAUAAUGGAUAUAAACAAGAAUCUUUACCACCAAUGAAGGCAGAAAAACAUAUUAAGACUAAUGACAAGAGUGAAGCUUUGACAUCACUAUCACAAGAUAAGGGCCCCAAUACAAAUGGUGAUUUUCAUCUUAUUGAAGAAAAUGAUUUGUACAGUAUACGUGUGCACAUAAAGUGA